CAAUCCAUGCAGAGCUACUCGGGCACAGACUUCGUCCUUCAUGCUCUACUUUUACGCUCUCUUGACGAUCUCUCGCUUUGGGCCACGCUCCUGGUAUGGGCGGUCCGCAUCCUUACCGUCUCUCUCCUCCUCCGGACGUACAUAGGACCGGCGGUAGUGAGCCUCGUCUCGACUCGCCUUCGUGUCCGAAGCAUCAGUUUGCGCUCCAUCCGCGGCGUAUACUUCAAGGCCGGCCAUGGGACAUGGAGGGUCGAACGCAUAGGGAUCUCGUACCACCGGCCAUCCUCGGGAUAUGCGACCCGCUUCUCCUUCCAAGUGCAAGGGCUGUCUCUCGAACUGGAUAGUGUUUCUACCAUCCGAAGCUCCAUCCGACACAAGGUACGCAAGCCGCGUCCGACGCCUUCGCGCCUUGCCCGCCGUCUAUGGAUGAUCGUAUGUGCCCUGCUAUCCUCCCUCUACAACUACGUGGAACCCCACGUCCGUCCCACGAUACGGACGUUCGUCGUCACCACGCUCCGCCUUGCUAUCUCCGCGCUCCCGACCCUGACGAAUGGACUGGACUUUGAGCUCGAACACGCGACGGUCUCGCAUUCGUCCAUCGCUGGGGUGCGGUGGUCCGUGGGCCAUGCAAAGCUGCAUUCCGCAGUCUCGCUCGCGUACCUGCCCAGCGUGGUCUCCGUGGACAGCACGAAGGUACCGACUGGACAUAGGAGGUUCGCGAGUGUCGCGGAUUGGAAUGCGAGGCUGAAGGGGAGCUUCCGGAGGACGUGGGACCGAGCCUGGGGCGCGACCCAAGUCUCUGCCUCUAUCACACUUCAGGUGAACGCGAUCAGUGGGCAUGCGGACAAGAGCAGCGAGAUGUUUGCUGGUUCGCACCGAGGGCACUACUUCUUGGAUGUGCCUUCAGUACAAUGGUCCCUAUCAGGACGUCUCAACCCUCAGCAGGGCGUGCAACCCCGCAGCGUGGAGAUGUCUCUUGACCUCGGAAAGAUUAACAUUCAGCUGGACGUGGUGCAGAAGUUGCUGAAGACGAUGAAGCAACGCCGUGAGGCACAGGAGGGAGGUGGGGGCGACGUGAUCCGAGGAACGGGCAUGAACGAGGCGUCGUCUGCUCCCCUGUCUGCAACUUCCCAACCAUCCACUGGCAAUCGGGCAGCCUGGAGGUCUCCGCUGUCCCCCUCCUCCCCUCUCAUGGGAGCGCUUUCUGCUUCCAUGCGUUGGAGACGGGCUGCUAAACAGAGUCGGGACUUGAAGACGCGCUCACGUGCGGGCGGUAAACCUAUGAUGUACAUUGUGUAUAUCAAGUCCGUGGAGGUCAACAUUCCUCAGCUGACUGCAAGCAUGCAACCACAAGCGGCGAACGGAGCCGGCGGCGCAGUUCUGUACGGAACAAUACAGCAGAUCAACUUGCGUGCUGGCCUCAGCCACCCUGAAAGCAACGACGUGCAUAAGGAAUGGCUUGGUAUCAAGACUGUUACCAGUACUGAGCCCACAGCUGACGCCUACUCGGUGGUUCUCGAGGCGAAGAAGCUUACUCUCGACAGGAACGGUAUUGGCGAGCUCAUGGAGCACCUGCGGAUAACCACUCUGGACUCUUUCAAAUGGCACUCGCUGCUUUCCCAGUGGCCCUCACCGUGGGUCACUGCAGGUCCCGCUCUUCUUGCCGGAGAUCCCAAUGCUCAUCUCCUCGUUUCCAAUCUCUCUCUGGCUACUGUGGAGGUGACAGAGCGAUUAGACAUAUUGGAGGGUCUUAUUGGUAAAGAACGAUCGAUAGAGAAGACCGUCCACGGCCAGUCCCUCCUUCCUCCGAUGCUCAGCCCGAUGCCUCGUGUCUCUUUCGGCGUUCAUGUAGGCGAGGUCUCUUUGCGUCUUAUUUCGCCUACUAGCGAGUCCGACCAGGACCCAUUCGUCUUAGAAGCACGGACAGACGGCAUCGCUGCUUCGCUGCAGUCUCACUUCACCGCUCGCCCAGACCAUCGUUACGGCAAUGUCGAACGAGACUUUACCGGCCUUGACAUGGAGUUCCGCUACGGCCUCACCUUGAACCCAUUGUACACCAAGAUGUGGUUUGGACCCGACGCUCAUGCGCGAGGAGCGCAUCCCCAGGACUUCCCCGCUCCGUCGUACCCUAGCGAGACCCUCCUGCAGGUGGAUGCGGUGCACGCUGGUGGGACGGGACACGGCCUCGGCGAGUUCGCGGAUGAAGCGGCAGGCAUCGUGUCUGUGGAUACCGCAACCAUAUACACCCACUGUCAGAUUGCCACGGACGCCGUCUCUGUUGAGCUCUGGCAACCAGAUGUGAUCAAGUCACUGGCUCGUAUUUUGUCCCGCCUGAAUGGCAAUCCGAAGCCGAAGACACCGAAGCCUUCCCGUCGCGUCCUGGACGAGCUCCCCUUUGGUGUCGAUGUCUCCAUUGCGAUUGGUCGGUUUAGCGUAUUCUUGACUUCGCCUGACCUUGCUCCAGAUGACACCCUCAAUAUAUCGCGCGGGAUUGCGUCACGCAUGGGCAUUUCGAUCACCUACAAUGCGCUGCAAAAGCAUCAUUGCUCGCGGUUGUCGGCCGUCUUUUCGCGCGAUCAGCAGCGGUCGGAGCUCUCGCUACCCAAGGAGCUGAUCUUACAUGUCGUCCGCGAGCAUAGUACGCCUGCAGCCUUCGACACCGCACGUGCCUUGAUCCAAGUGUCCUUGUGGGACAUAGUCCUGCGAGACGCCUUCGCCACACCCUUCGCCGCCGACGACCCAUAUGGCCUCGGAGAUCAAAGUGUCCAUCAUCGCUCGCUGGAGUUCCUGCAUGUCGAUAAUUGCGACAUCCAUGCUGUUAUAUCUGGUCAACGACCCAACGGCGUUCCUCUUCCGAAGUCUAUGGACGAUUGCCAUGUCGAGAUCACCAUUCCGAAGGUCCGGGUCAAGAUGAACCUCAGUCAAGUGUACAAUGCCCUCCUCGCAGCCCACACUGUCCAGACGCUCCUUCCUUCACCCCCGAGAUCUGCCGCUGCCGCUCCUGGUGCAUCUUCGACGCUUCGUUUGCAUUUGCAAGUUCGACACCAGCAGCUGCAGCUACUCUGGCGCUUCCCCCUCUUGGGCAAGAUGUUCCUACGGCUCUCUGCGCUGGAGUGCGAUAUCGGACCUGAUCGCAAUGUUACCGUGAGAUGGGAUCAUAUCCUCACUGCUGUGAACGUUACUGCUCGUCACGAGGGUCAUGAGCAGGAAGAGUGGGAGGAGCUGAUGAGACUACCACGAUGGAAAGUUGAGGUAAACCCAGGCGUCAAACCCGUCCUAAUCAGAGUUAAGGGAGACAGCGGCCGUUUGCGGAUACCGUUCGACUUCGUUCUGGCCGACUUGAUCUUGGACCUCAACCUCACCAUCAAGAGUGUCAAGCAUCUUGUGCGCCUAGUGCGCUCUGGCAGGUACGAGGAUCCUCCGCCUCCCCCUGCGGAAGAUGCGAAGCAACUCCCGGACAUCCGCAUCGAGCUUGGACGGCUUGUCGUGGAAGCCGCUGACGACGAACACGAGGCCAGGAUGGCUUUAAUCUGGAGGACCGGGUUCAACGCUGCCAAGGUGCGGCGAGAGCGCGAGGAGGCCUUCCAGGCCAAGGUGGAGACGAUCACCUCGCCCAAGCCUUCAUCAGUGUCUACGUUGCGCAGCGACUCUGACUUCCAGUUCUCAUCGAAACACACUGUAUCGAUCACCGAUGCGCGAAAUCGGCUUGACCAGGUUCAUACCACAGCGUGGAGAGCGGCAAUGGACCAAGCGUUCUCCAAACAGACUGAGCGCGAAGAAGCGCACUGGCAGAAUCCCAUAGGUUCUCUCCGUAUCCCUACCGCCCUCAAACAUGAUAUGGUCACUGUUAACAGCGUACUCCCCGUUCCGCCACUCGUUCGACUCGCUUUUAAUCAGCUCUCGCUCGCUAUCACCCCACCCUCUUUCCCUUACAGCGCUAUCCCUGACUACCUCCAUGAAGUCGGUAAUGGCUUGCCCCGCGACACCCAAUACUCCCUGCUUGUCCCCAUGCACAUCCACUUCACGGUUACAUCCUUGCGUCUCGCAUUCCGCUCAUACCCCCUUCCACUGCUUCAUAUACCCCCUCAUUCUAAGGGUCACACACCGGCACUGGACUUCGACACGGAGCUCGUCAUUGCGGAGGAGAUAGGCACAGAGAACUCUGUAGAGUGGGUUCCGUGCGAGAUCGUUAAAGCCCAUAGCGGGAUGCAUGGCGCAGCGCCGAUCUCUUUGAGGAUACCGAAAACGCUCAUGCCUGUCAAGACGUAUGCGCGGCCAACCAUUCGUGUACUGACGGAUGGUACCACGGACUUCUCGUGGGGUGUCAGCUACCAGCCCGCGACUCAAGACCUCAUGAGAGUGCUCGAUACGUUGUCGCACGCGCCUCGUGAUAGCUCACCUGCUAUCGGCUUCUGGGACAAGUUGAGAUUGAUCUUGCACUGGCGGGUGAAGGUUCUGUUCAGGGGUGAAGUCCACCUCCACAUGAAGGGCUCGCGUGAUCCAUUCCAGCUAGAUGGUCACGGAGCAGGUUUUGCCUUUUGUUGGAAAGGCAGCCCUCAGCUACUCAUCGGACAGCCUAAUGGUGCCUCGGAACUCAUUCAAGUCAUCAGCGAUUCCAUGUCGAUCAUCAUACCAAACACCAAAGACACGUAUGGUGAUGGGACCAAGAAACCGAGUACCAAGGAUGAUACUGCCAGACCAGCUCCGAUAAUCUGUGCGAAGUUCCGUUCUGGCACUUGCUUCGGUGUUAGAUUUGUCCUUGAGCGGACUUGCGGACCCGAAUGUGGUAAUUGCAGUGGGAAACCCUUCGACCGCCAGUGUCGUAUGUACCACUUCAAGCCUCACUAUGAUGUCAAACUAGAGUGGAAAGAUCAAAUACCAGUGAUCAAGUCUCAAAACGACUCGUACAACGGGUUCCGUUCCGACUUCAUUCAUAUGUCGAUAUCAUUGACCUCCGGGUUGCGCAAGACCGCGCAUAUUCAGCCGAACAAUCUCCAUCUCUCCCCGACCGUCUUUGAGCACUUCUGGUCCUGGUGGCAUCUGUUCAAUGGAGCCCUGUCACUUCCCGUGCGACAAGGCAAGCUGUAUCCUCGGAAACGACCUAUCUCUCCCAAGUUCGGGCAACAUCUCUCUACCCUCAAGUAUCUUGUCUCGGUUCCUAAAGUGUUCAUCUCGCACGUCUACGUAGACGACUCGCAAGAUGCUUGGGCCGACGGAGUGACCCCUUAUGUUGGUGUAAAGGCGCUGAUCAACGAGUUCCAUGCGGAUUUGCAUCAGCGGGACACGGAAAGAACAGAGGUUACGCAUGGUGGGACGAAGACCAUUCAUCACAAGCCGUUCUACGCCAUUGAGGUCGUACUCAAAGGCCUCGAUCUGCGUGCCAUGUUGGCUGUGUUCUCGGACCCGCUGAAACAGUGUACUCCUAUCGAGUACUCUCCCCUGGUCAGUAAUUACCGCACACGAAAUGAUCUACCGUCUAUCCCUCUGCACUCGAGUUGGGUGGACAUGGAUGACUUCGCCUUCGUCAAGACGGAGAGAACCUCGGUUCCGGAUGUGCAUCUCCUCCCUGCUGUCUCAUGUCCCCGUUUCACCUACUUCAAGCAAGAGGAUUCUGGUGCUCCUGAUCGCAAAGCCACUUCGGCCUCCCGCAGCAAAUUCGGUGCUGAAGACACCCACGUGUGCUUCAUCGGCAAGGAACCUUCUGUGUCGCAGGUGCAGAUGGAUCUGGUUUCCGAACGGAUCGACCGGCUGCAUGAGAAGGCUCGCCAACAACCUGACGGACUACACGAUCAUGCUAGUGCACAUUCUCACGACAAUGACUCUCACGAGAAUGGUGAUGCUAGGCGCGCUGGGAGCGAUCUACCGAGGAUGAUCUCGCUCCUUGAAAGUUACAAGACACAACUCCGUAAUAUCGACAAGGCGGCUCAGGCUACGGCGGCUCGCAACAGGAACUCGAGCUACUACAUGCCUACCGAUCUGGUCACUCCUGAGGAAUGGGCCGAGUUUGACAACGUAUACCAGAUGCACAAUCCGCAUAUCAUCAUGGACAAUGCGAUCCGAGAUAUCAUGAUGCAAUACUAUUACUGCUCUCGAUCACGGAGAGGCUUCGAAUAUCAUAUGGCUCAGCGUGCUGUGAAGUUCAUUCGCGACCAAGCACAAGCAUCUUUUGCCGAGUUCCAACGCGAGACGGAUAAGCAUUCCGGACCUUCCUUAAGCGCACAUGCAGCGGCAGCAAAGAUCAAGACGUUCUUGACAGGCGACAGCGCUGGGGACACCCCUGUUGAAUUCGCGCCUCAAACAGUGUCUAAGCUCUCUCCUACUGUAGAUCCUCUCUACGGUUGGGCCGAGGGAGUGUCUGUGAGGAAGGGACACUUCUGUUUACUGCUCAAGCCGCAAAUCGUCCUUCGUAGCAAUGAUGAUCGCGAGUCUGUGUGCGUUCUUGCUGCGGUACAGGGGAAGUUGAAGACGUUUGCCAUCAUGGACGACGCCAACGUCAACGAUCCCGUCAGCGGCAAGAUCAUGAACAGGAACUUUGCGUGGCUGACAGGACUGCAGACGUUUUCUCCUUCUGCGACGAAUACCUCUGGCAAGGACUACGUUCCGCUAGAAGUCCUCGUCGACCUGCGGGCAGACAACAGCGACUUUGAUCGCCUUGUCCCACAAACAGACGCCACGUUCCAGUAUGACAAGUUCAAUCGCCUGCGCUUGCGGAACGAUACUACUGCGGUCGCAAAAUCCGUUGAGCACAAGCACGCUCACCUGCAGAAUCAGACGGAUCUCAUCCGAGUUCACGUUCCCAGAUUCACCGUCUCAGCAAACGAUCGUCACUUCCAGGCCAUCUCCAACAUUGUCACGAAACUCCUGCUCUUCACCGAUGCCGCCCACAAGACGCGUGCGGAGAAGCUCGAGAACCUCUUGUUCAGCUAUGACUUUACGAACUUCACCUCUGCAGCCGACGUCGUAGCGGGGAUGCAGCACCGGCUCCGCCAAGCCCUGGAGACCAAGGUCGACGCCGAGCAGAAACUGCGUGGAUUAGGCAACCCCGGCCGCGUCGAGCUUCUCAAGAUCGACGCCCACAUCCUCCUGCUGAUCGAGGAACUCAACUUGAUCUUCGAUGCCAUUAAACUUGCCCAGGACAAAGCGAGCAGCGAGUCCGAUCAGAAGUCUGCGCUGCUGCUCCACGCAUCGUCCGAAGAGCUGUCGUGGCGUAUGCUCGACCAACACGACCAGCUCCUGGCCAAAGUUGCUAUCCGGGUGACGGACUACUACUGGCUCAGCAGGCACGACAGUUCGACGGUGAACAACUUGGCCGUGGGCGACUUGCAGGCGUUCGAUGGCGCUGCAGAUGCAGAGUGGACAGAGAUCCUUUCAAAGUACGACGAGCCGUCUACGCAUCCUCUCGUAAAGCGCAAGCUCUUCUUGCUGGCUCACUGGACCGUACUACCUCCCGUCGGGGGUAUAACGAUCUACGAGGACUUCGAGCUCUCACUUCACCCCAUGCGCCUUCAGAUCGACACCCGCGUCGGGCGGAAGAUCAUGUGCUACGUCUGGCCUUCACGCCGGGACCGCCCCCAGAGCCCGACGGAGACCGAGUCCUUCGCCGUUCCAGACGACGACGACGUCGACGAGAAGAGGCCCAAGGGUCUCCCCGCGGUCACGUACACCACCUCCCCGCGAUCCGCUUCCUUCGAUCUCUACCCGACCCGCAAGUCUCUGGACCUGAACAGGCUCGCGCCCCCGCCGGCCCUGCGGAGACUGGGCACCUCGCGCUCGUUCACGGAUCUGCGGAAGGAGCGCCAGGACUCGCUGCAGGUGCCGAGGAUCCAGCGCAUGAACUCGAGCGGGAACCUGAGGGCGAACUCGAGCGUGAACCUGCGGACUAACUCGACGGACGGAUGGGGGAUGACGAAGGCGGCGUCGAUGGGCACGACGAAGUCGGCACACCAGUCUAAGGACAAGCUGCGGAGCAAGGAGACCGACGACGCGAUGGAGAUGAAGACGAGGGCGUCGCAGAAGACGUUCGUCCGGGUCAAGAUCGCGAGCUUGCAUCUCUUGUUAAGCAUCGCGAAGGAGGACUCGUUCUUGUGCCGCGAUGCGCGAAUACGGACUCGCGACCUGGAGUAUCGUAAUCGGACGUGGAGUUUCGAGGAGCUAGUUGAACAGUUCAUCCCCUCCGGCCGGAACUGGCGCGGCUGGGUCAAGGUGGCUUUCCAGCAGCCACUGGUACCGGUACUGCCUGUCGCGCGCGAGCUGAUCACCAAGACGAAGUGGAUCGCGAAAAAGGACACUCAUCUGACGGACCGACCGAGCCGGCCCAGCACGCCGAAGCUGCUGAGGGCCAAACGGCCGACGGCCGCCGGCGACUUGGACGGGCCCCGGAAGUCCGGUGACAAAUCCACCGCUAUCCUCACGGAUCCUUCGUUCCUUACGAGCGAGCCCGAGGCGCUUCGGGACGCCACGAUGCAGCCAAAGCGGGAGGGCGGGGUGCGCAAACGGGCGAUGAGCCUCUUCCGGCGCAAACACCGCCAUGGAAACGACAGCACAGAUACCUCAGAGGCGAGUGGAAGCAUUACGAGCGUCUCUAGCCAUAUCAUGCUGAACUCCAGGCAGCUGCCCCACCGCCCUUCCGUGUCGUCCAUUCCUGAGGGUUUUGUAGCGGGUCCUUCGCGUCGGGUGAACGGCACAUCAAGCACACUCCACCAGCGUUCCCAUCAUUCGCUGCGACACCCACCGGACGGAUACUUUGCGGAGGGACAGCAGGCCGAGCUUCGGGUACCCAACAAUGGCCAUGGCGACUUGGAGGGCAGUCAGAUAAACCUCGCCCUCCGACAGAUUGAGGGCGACGACUAUGACAGGUCGGACUCCGAGGAUGAACACCACCACGAUGACAUUGUAGAGCAUCUGGAUGUUAUAGAUCCUCAGGUUUCUACCGUGUCCACUCUGACUAAUGCCGCCAAUGCAAUCGUGGUUCCUCCGUUGUCCUUCUACUCAAGAAAACCCGUCAUCGUCCUUCCACGGCCCAAGAGAAAGAAGAAGAAACAAAAUGAUGUGGAGAAGGGCACCGCCACCACGGAGGAAGAGAACCUCCAUGAAGAUGCCCUGGACGAGCACGUCCAUGACGUGCUCAACAAACGCGACAAAUUUCGGAGGAUAAUGGCUGGCGUGUGGUCCUUUCUGAAGACUCCAUUGGGAAUCGUCACCGCCAUCUACGGAUUCAACGUCGUAUUCUGGGGAUGCGGCAUUGUCGUUUUCCUCAUACCACUCUGGGAUGUGCACAACGACCUUCAACAGGGCUAUUGGGUCGAGCUUUGUCAGCAAGUGGAGACCGGUCUCUUCACGGUGACGAGUAUUGGAUUUAUUCCAUUCCGAGUCAUGGAUACAUAUCGAAUUUGCAAGAUCUGGUACUACCAGCGCAAGAUCCUUCAACUGCGGCAGAAGGCCGGCUUGCUCGACCUGUACGAUCCAGACGAUUUACCAGACCCUGUCUACGACAAGAAUUACGUCCAAGUUUUGAGCGACAAGGAGCAAAUCGACUUGCAUUAUCAGCAACACCAGUUCAUGAAGUCUCAGACGUGGUAUCGACCGCAUGGCACGCAGACCCAUAGAGCCUUUCCUAUCGCACUCGCGCUCUGGAUAUGCAUAUGCAACGACCUGAACUCCUUUUUCCAGUGCCUCCUGAGCGGCACGAUGUGGGGUCUCGAUCGCUUCCAGCGGCCAGCUUGGACGACGGGCACCACACUGCCACUAUCCUUCCUCGCAGGCAUCGCCGCUGGGGUGCUCAUCUACUGGGGCGGGCGCAAGACCCGGCGGACGCAGCAAGUCGAGGACCGGCUGCGCCUCGCGCUCGACAUGGAGACCGACGCCAAGAGCCACCGUGAAGAGCGCUCCGGUUCAGCAUCGCUCAGCGCCACAGAGGAGGGCGUGCAGCAACCUCCACGGGCACUCGAGGGGGCGCAGACGUCGUCGAAGGUCGCCUCGCCGGCCGCGUCUGAGACGAACUUGGCCCCUGCCGCCGUCGACUAUGCUGCGGGUGGAGGCCAGACGGCGACCAUCCCGGAGGAGGCGCCGCAGGCGAGGGAGCGCAAGCCGUCCUCCGCUUCCUUGAUGUUCUCCGAGGAGAUGGUGGUGCCGCUCGCCGAAGACAUCCAUAACCGCUAGAAUGUACCAUAGGGGCCGACGAUACCUGCUGGCUUUCGCGGGUUUGUUGCUGUACUUUGAUCUAACAUCAUCUUGUGUAUCUUGCGGGUUUGGGCUUCGCCGUUCUUCGUGUCUGUCUGUACUCUCAAUGUACUUACCUCCGUUUACACGAGCUUUGACUCGACCUUUUCUGGUUCACAUCACACCAACACACUGCACCAUUUUUACAUUUACGACUUCUUGCAUACACACGACUUCUUAUGACAGUUGUUAAUGCUUUCACGCACUCGCUCGCCUGAAGGUGUUCAUGAACCACCGUGAGAUCGCAAUGCGUUACGGAUACAUGAUGCUCGUCAUCGUGACUACUAUACAUGAGUGCCGUUGAAAGCACUUUUGAGGAUUGUUGAAAUCCGCCCAAAUACACCACCACCAAACCGUCCAUCAUAGAAACCAAUGAGGCCCAGAGCCCCCGCCGUUGCGGGACGUACCCUGGUCCCAAGGUGCCUUCACGCGGCUAGCCACGCCAACAGACGCGCCCGCCCGAAUGCCCCGCCGCGGAGAAGCGACGAACAAAGACGGAGCGGGAGCGUCACCCUUGACGUCGGCGGUGGCUAUAACGGCCGCGGGAGCGGCACCGGCACCCACACGGCUACACGUUUUCUGCUUAUCAUCCACACGACUGCACAACAAUUGGGCCGAGAUAUUGCAGGACACCUCGUUGAGAGUGCGCUGAUAAGUUACUGGGGUAGGACCGUAACGCGGGCGCUGUUGAAGCGCAAGGACUGCGUCGCCCGCCUACGCGUACGUCUGGCGGGCCCAGCGCGCGGCGUUGACGAGGUUGACGAGCGAGGCCUCGGUCUCGGACCAGCCGCGGGUCUUCAGGCCGCAGUCGGGGUUGAUGACGAGGAGGUCGGCGGGGAGGGUGCCGAGCAUCGCCGCGAUGCGCUCCUUGAUCUCCUCCUCGGACGGCACACGGGGCGAGUGGAUGUCGUAGACGCCAGGGCCGAUCUGGUUCGAGUAGCCGUAGUGCUUGAAGGUGUUGAGGAGCUUGAGGUCGCUCUUCGACGCCUCGAUGGAGAUGACGUCCGCAUCCAGCGCCUGGAUCGAAGGGAAGAUGUCGUCGAAGUCGGAGUAGCAGAAGUGCGAGUGGGUCUGGAGCGCGUCAGUGACACCAGCGGUCGCGAGCUUGAACGACGGGAGGGCCCAGUCGAGGUACGCCUGCCAGUCGGCCUUGCGUAGAGGGAGGCCCUCGCGGAGAGCGGGCUCGUCAACCUGGACGGCCUUGAUGCCAGCCUUCUCAAGGUCGAUGACCUCGUCGCGCAGAGCGAGCGCGAGCUGCUUGCACUGGAGCUCACGAGAGACAUCGGCACGAGGGAACGACCAGUUGAGGAUGGUAACGGGCCCGGUAAGCAUACCCUUCAUAGGCUUGCUGGUAAGGCUCUGAGCGUAGCUACUCCAACGAACAGUGAUCGGCUUCGGGCGGCUGACGUCCGAGACGAUGAUGGGCGGACGGACGUAGCGAGAGCCGUACGACUGCACCCAGCCGUUCUGGGUAAAGACGAAGCCCUCGAACUGCUCGCCGAAGUAUUGAACCAUGUCGUUGCGCUCGGGC